AUGAAGAUCACCUGGGAGAGUGGCGAUUGGCCCGGUGCCAGGAUUGAACCUGCUAUUACCCACUUGGCAUGGGUUGCUCAAGCAGAUCGACCAGGCCAUGGUUUACUCGGUGUUGGCUCUGAUUCGGGCUCCGUCGGCAUUACGCUUACCGAUCUCCAUCCAACGGACGACGAUAAUGGCCGUUAUAAUUUCAACCUUCGAGGCCAUCAUUCAGCGAUUUGUAUGGUCACCUGGAAUCGAGUCCAGACGAAGCUUGCGUCAUGCGAUUCAUCGGGAGUUAUCUAUGUUUGGGUGCGGAACGAUGAUCGAUGGUCCGUGGAACUGGUAAAUGAUCGAGGAGUAAAAGUACGUGACCUGAGUUGGAGCCCCUGUGGAUCUUCAGCCCUGAUUUGCUACGAGGAUAAUUUUGUCCUGAUCGGAUCAUCCACUGGCCAACGAAUUUGGAGCAACUCUUUCCCAAGCGCUAUCACUGUGACCGCAGGCGUUUGGGCUCCGGACUCGCGGCAACUUGUGCUCGGUUUUUCCUCCGGAAAUAUUCAAGUGCUAUCCGAUCAAGGCGCUAACAUCACAGAACGCUCAUUUACCACGGAUUCGAUUCAGAAAUUAGCCUGCUCACCCACGAGUACCCGGGACGAUCGUUGGAUUCUAGCGAUUUUAACGAGUACAAAUAAAAUUCUUAUGAUAAGCGCUUUCGAUCAAAUCGACCCACUCGUUUACUGCUCUCCACAUUCCGUCGUGCAAAUGCAAUGGAAUACUGAUGGAUCGAUUCUCGCUGUGAUCAAUUCCAACCACGAACUGGUGAUGUUAGACCGUGAAGCACGGGUUAUUCACAAGGAAGUGUUGGCUUUACCGAAGGAUAAGCCCCUCUCAGCCCUCACCUGGGCCCACGAAGGACGGGCUGUUAUUGUCGCUGCUGGUGGUCACCUAGCAAUCGGCAAACUGUUGCCGGGCGUUCCUUCUCUAUUCGAUUUAGUCACUUAUGAACUCUGGCGAUAUCUUGGCUCAGAAUCGAAGAAAGUCGACUCAUUACCGAUACCUGUAAAAGAGAAAAACGCCUUGCGAUCACUUGACCAUCACAUUAUUCGGGUGAGCAAAUUACAUCCUUUAAAUCUUUCUUAUGUGUUUUGUCUUUAUGUAUUCCUGUUAUUUCCUAUUCAACCUGAAUGUCCUUUAAUUCGUUGUUCUGUUGUAAUUGUUGAGACACUGGUUAGCUUUUUUUUCGUAAUCACGUGA